GUUCUCACCCCCACCCAACUCUCCCUCCUCCCGAAAUCGGAACCCCAGGGAAUCCUCGGUCGCUCCUACUCCGGUUCCAUAGAAUGUCGUCCCCGCCGCGGUCGGUCCGUAUGGAGGAGGCCGCCGACUUCGACGCGCCGCGUCCUCACUCCGCGGACACUACAGGCGCAGCGGGAGACGUCGGUGGUGCCGAUUCGUCCGGCGGUGAGGUCCAGCCGACGAUCUGCCCCGGCUGCAUGGUGCCUUGGAGCACCGAUGGCCCGCAUCGGAUCUGUUGCAUUCCCUGUGGCCAUGUGUAUGGCAGAUCAUGUCUGGAGAAGUUGUUGCGUCGUUCUGGCGAGGAGAGUGCCAAGUGCCCUCAGUGUGGCAAAGGAUUUGUGGAGAAGCUUAUCAUCAACCUCUACGCACCAGAAAACAUGUUGGAGGGUUGCUGGAGUCCGGAGGAAAUUCAAGAGUUCUACGAGCCUAUAUUUGCUGCAGUAAUUAGGGAACAUCCAGACUAUAUUGUUGCUGAGGAACCAUCCAGUGAUUCUACAUAUGAUGAGAUGCGACAACUAUUUACAGAACGUGUGGCUCAGAUAGAGGGAACAGUGAAUGCAAAAAUGACAAUGGCUAAGGCUAACUUGAUGUUAAUGAAGGAGCGAUUGAAGAAGAUGGCUGAACAAGAAAAGAUGGUACAGAAGGGUGUGAUAGAGUUCCUGGAGCAGAAUUGCCCUCACCUGAUGAUUCGUGUGUCGUGCUUGUUCCCGUCUUCGCCGACACGUGGUAUGGACGACAUGGAGCUCGCAGAUGUCGAAAUAGUGGCCAGAGAGGGAACAUAUAACCAUGCUGUAGAGGUCAAUGAACAGGGUGGCAGAGGCAACGAGGGGAACUAUACCGCAUUGGUUUCUGGUGAGGUGACCGAUGGCUCAUAUAGACGAGUGGUUGAGGACGUGGACAACAGGCACUUUGCUGACAGUGGCAACUCUGAGAACUAUAAUGUCAAUGACUCCAACAAAGAAGCAAAUGGGAUGUUGCCGAGUACGAAUAUGAAGGGUGCAGCUGAAGGUCGUGAAUGCGUCGAGAGCAAGCAAGAAGCAGGGCCAACCUGCUCUAUCUGUAUGGAACCUUGGACAUCCACUGGAGAGCAUCACAUCUGUUGCAUUCCUUGUGGACAUGUCUACGGCUGGUCAUGCCUCAUAAGGUGGGUCAAGUACCAGCUUUCUGAUAAUGGGAGUGUAAAGUGCCCUCAAUGCGGGGAAGGAUUUGAAGGCAAGCCUAUCGACCUCCAUGCGCCAUUUUGUCAGGAAGUACAUGGGUAUUAUGAAUCUAAGUUUGCUGAGAUCGGGGUAUCGAUAGAGUACUGUAUGCGGUAUGCAGAAUUAACUUCUCACUUCGAAGAGCUAAGCAAGCUUCAUCAUGCAAAACUGCGUGCACUACUUGACAGUCAUUUUGCUGAGAUGGAAAGAGUGGCGACUGUACACGUGGCACUGGCUAACGCUAGAUUGAUGUCCAUGAAGGAGGAGAUGAAGAAAAUGGCUGAAGUAGACGAGGCCACAACGGAGGAUCUUGUCGAAUUCAUGGAACUGAAUUGCCAUCAACUCUUCCAUACCCUACCCAGCCUACCCUCAUGCCCCUUCUGAUCAAAGCUGGUGAAUGGUUUAUUUUGUGCAACUCGGCGAACUGCUUACCAUACUCUACAACAUAUUAUGUAUUUCUACUUCAUGAUAUUUACUGUGAUGUCGGAGGACUCUCCGGUUUGACUUCAUGUUUUGUCAAGUACAUGGUAGCUGGCUAGUUAGCUGGAGCUAGUGUCACCAAGUUAUCCUGUGUCGAGACGUUGUAUAAGCAGUAAUGGUGUUUCAAACUAUCAGAAAUAUGCACUACUUCUUAGUCCCUCCA